AGGUUUUCUUUUUUAAAAAUUAAACAUUUUACUAGCAGAUAUUACUCAUCUGCGCUAUACAUAACUGGUGAUAAAGCUCAAAAAACAUUUGUCGUUUUAACUCCAGUUAUAGAUUUUGAAAAACAUUUGAUUAACAAAAAUAAAGUAGUUAAGAAUAUUAGAGUUAGAGGUUUAAAAAUUGACUUUGAUGAUAUUGUGAAACAAUGGACAUUUUUUCAAGAAGUUUCAAAGCGAAAGCAUCUUUUGGAGCUUAAUAGACAAGACAUUGCUCAAAAAAUAACUAACUUAUUAAAAAAAUCAGAUACCGAUCCAUCAGAAGUGGAAAAAUAUAAAGUACAUGCUAAGAUUGUAAAGGAUGACCUCAAAAACCUCAAGAUCUCUUUUUAUGAUAUAGAGGAAGCAACUAUGUUGAAAAUUCUUAGUUUACCUAAUGACCUACACAGUCAAACGCUUUCUCAUGAAGAAACUGUUCUGUAUACACACCUCAAUCAGCCUAAAAAUGAUUCUUUAGAUCAUAUUACAAUAGGAACUGACAAUAAUUUUGUCAAGUAUUUGAACCCAUACGCUUGUUAUUUAAAAUCAGAUGCUGCUUUGCUCGAGCUCAAUCUGUUGGGAUAUUUUAGAAAGAUGCUUUUAGAAUCUGGCUAUUUCCAAUUUUCUAACCCUAACUUUUGUAGAACAGUGAUAUAUGAAGGCUGUGUAGAAGUAGAUCAAACAAAGAAAAAAGUUUUUGAUGUCUUAGAACAUGAUCACGACGAAGAUAAUCUUAAUAGACUACAUUUAUGUGGAUCAGGUUCAUUAAUGUCUUUCAUGGCAUACUUUGCAAGACAUGCUCUACACCAGGUUGCCUUACCUUUAAGGUUUUUUUCAGUUGGUAAGGUAUACCAACCUAUAAAAGAUGAAGAACCACCUUCUUUUUUAAAUCUCAGUCAACAGAGUGUGGUUAGUAUUUUUAAUGCUGAUUUAGAAGAUACCAUCAGAAGUGUAGAUAAAGUAGUUUCUGAAAUUCGUCGCAUUUAUAAUUCUUUAGGUUGUCAUUAUAGAAUUGUCAUAUUACCUGCAUGUAAAAUAGAAAACUCUGAAAGCCUACAUAUAUCAAUACAGAUGUAUUCUAAUUUUAAAAAGGAAUAUGUUGAAGUUGGAAAUGUUUGCUUUUAUGACACUUAUGUCAGCAAAAGGUUGUUGUUUACUUAUAGUUUCAAUAAAGAUAAAAAAUACCCCAAAAUUAUUGCAGGGUCUUUAAUAAACGUUCACAAGUUUUUAGCAUGUACAUUAGAGAAUAUUGCUAGUGAAAAUAAUGUAAAUUUAAAUGCAAGUUUAAAAAAGAAAUUCGAAGAAAUAAAUAAUGUUUGUUAGUA